AUGGACCUCGUGGCCUGCGUGCUGGUUCUCAGCGUCGUCGCCGCCUCGGGCGCCGUCAACCUUACGAUUGAUGGCAGCAGCUCCUUCGACAAGGCGACCAACCACCUUGUGAACGCGACGGUGCACGGCCACGUGCCGCCGAGCAUCCUCGCGGGCGCCGGCAUUGGCCUCGGCUUGAUCGUGGCGCUGGCCGGCUACCGGCUCUUCCGGCCCGUGCUCUUCCUCAGCGGCUUUGGCGUCGGCGCGGUCCUUGCGUACCUUCUGGCCGAAGCCAUCUUUACGACGCAGUCGUUCGCGACGACCGCGCACUGGGUCUGCUUUCUUGCGGGCGGCAUCGUCGUCGGCGCGACGGUCCUCUGCCUCUGGCGCACGGGGCUCGUUGUCAUCGGCGCCGCCGCCGGC